CCCGCCCCACGUUGAUUGGACCUCCGCUCUUUUUCAACUCGAUCUCUCUCGAAUCCACCACGGGACACAUAGUCGGUUCAUCGCAGUGACAGUCAUAACUUCUUUUCAUAUUUAACGAUGGAAACUAAAAGGACGCGGUCAGCGGCAACAGCCCCCGAAGUCCGCUGACAAACCGCCCUGUUACCCGGCAGAUAGCGACGGAGGAAUGGACCAUGUGAAGAAGUCCGCCCCGAGCCGCGACUGAACCCCAUGUCGCCCUCCUCCCCGUGCCAGAUGCCUCUGCGGGGCGACGGAGGCUACAAGUCCUCGGAGCCGCUGACCCCCGCUCCGCCCGUCCCGCCGCGGAGGUUCCGGGGCUCCGGCCGGACGCGGCGCUCCGGGGCCGCGGGGGCGGAGAGGCGGGUGAAGUGCGUGCUGGUGGGAGACGGAGCGGUGGGGAAAACCAGCCUGGUGGUGAGCUACACCACCAACGGGUACCCCACCGAGUACGUGCCCACGGCCUUCGACAACUUCUCAGCGGUGGUAUCAGUGGACGGUCAGCCAGUCAAACUACAACUGUGUGACACAGCUGGACAGGAUGAGUUCGACAAGCUGCGGCCUCUGUGCUACACCAGUGCAGAUGUGUUCCUGCUGUGCUUCAGCGUGGUCAGUCCCGCCUCCUUCCAGAACGUUCCUGACAAGUGGGUUCAGGAGAUCCGGAGACACGCGCCACUCGCUCCGGUGGUCCUCGUCGGGACGCAGUGUGACCUCCGAGAAGAUGUCAAGGUUCUCAUUGACCUGGCGAGGUACCGGGAGCGACCCGUGGACCCGGCAGAUGCCCGUGACUGUGCCAUUGAAAUCGGAGCCGUGUCCUACAUGGAGUGCUCUUCCCUGACCCAAAAGAACUUAAAGGAAGUGUUUGACACGGCCAUACUGGCCAGCCUGCAGAACUACAGCUCCCAUAAGCACUCCAGAGGGAAACAGAAACGAAGGAAGAAGCAAAGGCAGACCCCGGACAAGAUGAAGAGUCUGUCCAAGUCAUGGUGGAAAAGGUACUGCUGUGUGGCCUAGAGCAGUUUGGGUCUAAGACGCAGAUCCUCUGUUCACUUCAACUGGGUUUGGCCUCUGCUUCUAGUUUGGGUUUCUCUCUGAUGGCGCCUGACGUUGUGCACGACCUUGACUGGACCGUUGCCGAGCACCAAAGUAAGACUGUCGUGGAUGUACAUUUUAUCACUUAUGGCGUUGUAGUCUUAUCACAGAGGAGGUUCACAUCUGAGCCCGGCCCGGUUCUAACUAAACCCGCUCUGAAAGAAAUACAGUCCUGACAUCUUUUUUUCCAAGCUGGUUUAAACCUGAGCUGAGUGCUGCCUGUACUGGAAGUAAACUGGCAUUUACCGGGACUGGCAGAGGAACCGUCUCUGUGUCACGGAGAAAGUACAAUGUUGCCUUCGAUUAGACCCGUCUACAUUUGAACCCCAAAAAAGUCUUGUCUGUGGUUGACACACAUAAUGGAGGAGUGUUUAGUCUCAUAAUAACCUUCCUGGCCCGGUAUGGAUUUAUGUAUGCGUGUCACGAGGGCUGAAAUGGAGCGUGACUCACUGCACCUAAACGUCCUUUGUUUAACCUUGUUGCAACACUUAAUGAUUAAAAAGAACAUCCUUACUGAAGAACAGCGCCUCUCUGAAACAGCAUCGGUGCUCCUUGACAUUAUUUACAUGGUAAGAACAAGUACUCUUGUGUGUUCCGACACGAUCACCGUGCUUGAUGUAAGUCAGAAGUCAGCCAACCGAUUCUGUCCGUGGAUAAUUUGUCACAUGAUAAAUUGACAGCGGUGCAGCCGAUCAACCUAAUCUGACAUCUGGAUCAAGGUUUAUCUUUUUUUUAGUCUCGGCCUGAUUGGUUUCUGCCUAGUUUGGUUUUUAGUGCGUUUUUCUUCACGUCCCGUUAAAAGUGGAUAGGUCCAGUGAGGCCGAGGCUUGAGGUUUAUAUUGUAUCUUAUUUAAAAGAGCUGAUGUCUCUUUGCCCGUGAGGGUAAAACGGGGUCAUUGGCCAUCCUCACCGUCCUACAUUAGUACUGAAGGGCUCUUCAGGCUUUACCUUCUUAACGAGGCGGUGGUUGGGACCUUGAGCGGGUACGAGGACCUUCUGUAAUUUAAGUAUUUUUCUUCCUGAUCACAUUGUUCCUCCAGCCACAGCUUCGCUCAGUGUGACAAGUGACUUCUGCCAACCGGUAACCUUUAAGUAUCAAAGCAAACUUAAACAGUGUUACUGAAGGUGUCAGCACUUAAACAGAAUUAGAUCAACUAAGGUCUCCGCCUGGGUUUCAAGUUACAACGUGGAGACUGCUGUUUAUUUCUGGAGGAUUGUAGCCAAAAAUAACUGAAAUAUAUGGGCUUUCUUUCCCCAGCUUUUCAAUGCAAUUGUGUAUCUAAGACUGUGAAGUUUGAAUUAUGUAAAUAUUCAGUGAACUCUGUUCUUAGUAGUUCUUGUGAACUAUAGAUAGAUUUAUCAUGUUCGUUGCUCAGCGUUUUUUUUCUUUUACUCAAAAUAUGCAUGUUAUAAUUAUAAUUGUAGCCAUUGAGCAGAUCUAUCCUUGCAUCCCAAAUGCUUCUAUACUGGUUUGUCUUGUGUGCUCUGUUCAUUCUGCAGCCUCUUCAUAUGUUAAUAAGAAACCUGUGUGGAUGUCAAACAGUCAGCUGCCACACCUUCAUUUCUACAAUGUAGACACUAAAACAAGAACAAAACCCUGAACUUCUUCCCUACGGUGCCGUCAUCUGAAGGACUCUUUGUGUCAGAGCAAGUUUGCAACCAGGUUGCUGUCUGUAAUGGAUUUACAGCAGAUCUGUCAUUAUUUAGUGAGCAUCAUACGCUUGCAUAAGGAUCGAGAACACAAAAUGAUUUCCACUCUAAUAUUUCUUAUCCCUGGGGCAGCUAAACUCUGACCUAAACCCUCAAGAGAAAGAAACCGAGGGACAAGCUGAACCUUUGUGUGAGUAGUGGCCCAAAGGUUAUAGGCCGAGGUCAAGGGUUAAUAUCUUUGCCGUGUUCUGCACUCAGAAGGAAAUGUAUUACGUGAAAGUUGAACAAAUGUUCACAGUUUGCCAUUCAUGCAGUUUUUUCCGUCUAGUUAUAUUGCAGAGUGAGAUAAGACCGGCGGAACAUGCUCAAUCAAAGAAGAGGAUUUGUGCAAUAGACUCUUUGUUUACUACUCUCAUUUACGAGCUUCUCUGAUGCAAACUAAGUGUCCCGAGACAAUGAACACAGCUGCAGCCGGAUAUUGGUCCAAACAUUUGUCUCUUUGGCAGAAAUGUUGAUUUUAGGCCUGAGUUUAAAACUAUGACUACAGAUUUGCAGACAAUGCUUUACUGGAGCUGUUUGGUAGUUUCCUGCUGAAGACGUUACAACUGCGACUGAAUGGGUUCACUGUGUCUCAAUGUUUUGUCUCAUGAUAGCAAACGCAUUGUUUCUUGCUUUGGGGAAAAAAAGGCAUAAUAAGUUGGUUGUCUCGCUGUUUGUGUGCAGUCUUGGCCGAUGUUGGAUUAAAGUAGGGUAAAGGUCACUCGGACCCCUUUGAUAGGUGGCAUUUCCUCUGUCAGGUCUGAUCCGUUUCACCAACUUAUAUAUACAUAUAAUUCAUAGAGCACAUGAGUUUCUCGUUAUUGUGACGUGUGUGUUUGCAUACAUGAUGUCUAUACACAGAAAAGAAAACUCCUGUGUCGGUUUAUUCCUGUUAAAAUACAUGAAAAUAACCUAAAUGAUUAACAAAGAAACCUGUAUGUUUCUGUCAAGGACUUGAGGAGGACUCCAUUGCUUGGUUCUCUCUCUGUAUCUUCUAACUCCUGGAUAAUUAAGCAUAUGCUACUGUUCUUAAAUACUAGAGCCUGUGGUACACUGAGUCGUACGUUAUUACCGCAGGUUAGCCAAAGCUACUAGCAAGGCUGCAGCAGAGGAACAUUACUCUCCUCGUGAAUUAAACUUUGCAUGUAUCAGACAAAGAUGAUGUUUUUUUUGUAAUGUUUUGACUGCUCGCCAAGAGGCGUCCAGUACGGCAGAUGAACGGCUUUGUUAUGUUGAACAGAUGGGUCUCUGAAAGUGAACUGUUCGUGUGAAAAAGGGUCAGAGAAGAGAUGUGCGGUAGCGUAUUGUGCGGCAAAAUGUUGUGUUUUGUUGAAGGUUAAAACAGAAAUGUUGUGUUUUUGGAACAGGUGCCAAGUUGAUUGGUUCGUUGAUUAAAAAAUCCUGACUAUGACGGCUGAUUUCAGCUAUUGUGAUUAAUUACAACCAAACAUACAAAAUGAAACAGUGUUUGUAUGUUAAUAAUAGCAAACAAUAGACAUUACGUUCCCACACAUUGAAUACACAACUGGGCCCAUAUAAAGUUCCAGUGAGUUUAAACCAAAGCCGGCAGCCUGGGGGAUCAGACAGGACGGUCCAUUCUUGAGAUGUUAUGGGGUUUUUUUGUUGCAGUUGAUACCUCUAAGGCACACCUGGGCUUACUCACAUGGGCCACCAGCUGAGAGCUCCUCAGCCCACUGAGCCUGUGUGAAACAUCCUUUUUCCUGCAUGUAAAAACAUUGUAACAGAGGGCGCGCCGCUGCGGCCUGCUCGCAUUCAAUGCUCUGUGUAACCGAGGAUGUCAAUCAAAGACACAGGUGUUUGUACAGAAGUUUUAUACCCUGAGAAAUAAAGAAUGUUUGGUAUAACUCA